AUGGCAUUGAAUAGUUGCAGUGGAGUUCCCAAAUGGGAAAGAAGAACACGUUUGUUUCUUUGUAUCUUCGGUUUGUUUUUGUCAUUCUAUGCUCUGCACGUUGAGAUUUCGCGAGAGAAGGACCCAGAGUAUCGGGCGAUGUGUGACCUGGGAGAUUCUGUGAGCUGCUCUAAAGUUUUCACCUCAAGGUAAAAUAGUGGAGAAUGUAUUUUCUUCAUACAUAGGCCUAUAGUUUAUUGCUGUGCUUUGAAGCCGUUUCCAGAUUUAUUAGUAGCCUAGGCCUGUUGGGCAAUUAACGCACUUCUAUAACCCAACCAGUUUACUAAACUGAAUUAUCGCUGUAGCCUAAAUGAAAUGUUCGGUUGCAUACGAAUAGACAACGUUGUUCCUAGAAUUCCUAGGUAAAGAUGAUCUAUUAUAUUUCAAAGAUAGUCGAGUGACCACUCUAACAAUAGAAAUACAUGUCCUCAAAGAUGGAAGGCAGUUGGGAGGAGAGAUCAGGCGGGACCAUUCUAGCCAAUGAGAGUGCAGAUACGUGUGUGAACAACAGGCACAACUCUUGAUAUAAAGUAGAUGUUUUAAGUUGCCGAAAUGCCACGUGCGUCCACUUAUCAGUGCAUUCGUAACAACCUAACCAUUACGAACCUUCUAUUCGAUAAAAUAAGCCUCACGUAGCAAAUUAGCAAUUACAUGAGUUGUUUACUAAAUUCGACACUCAUCCAUACUAACAUCCAUACAAAAGUUCCACAGCUCGUGGUUAUUUUCGUGGACAGAUUUUGGCCGGAGUAAAACCUCUCGCUUCGCCUCUCUUCUAGAAUCUCUACCCCCUCUCAAUGCCACGUACAGCCUAAAACAAUCUGGGAAGCACUGCACAGGUCCUUAUCAGUUUUUUAGUUUGUAUUUAUUUUGAUGACCUGCAACACGUUCUGUCUUUUAAAUGAUUAACAUGUUUAUUUUUGUUAGGUGGAUCUUAGUCAAGACGAUACCAAAGACAGUCCAUUUUCCUAUCAUUGUUAUGGCAUAGUUAUUCUAUUCUAUAGCCUUGGUGUGUGGUUAUAGAAUGUGUCUUUGGUAUCAUCUUGAAUUAAAUUGUGGCAUUCAGAUUAGACAAACAAUUCACACAUGACAGAUAGGAUACAGUGCAUUAUAGUAUUUAUAAAUAUAGGCCUACACGGUCACAACAAUACAUUUUAAUUUAAAAGCCGUACUGAUGCCACAUAAUGACAUGCUUGUAUCAUACUUAUAAUCACAUAAUGCAUGACAAAGCGUUGUUUUGCCUCUUUGUUUUGUCAGAUGGGGACGUGGGUUUGGGCUUGUGCAAUUCUUCGUUGCUAAAGACAGUGCACUGAAUCAACCCAACAGUCUGUUGGGGAUCAUUUUCUACACAUUGCAACUGGCUCUGGGUAGGUCAAAUACUCUAUGUCUGUUUUCUGAUCAGUUUAGACUAUCUUUUGACCAACACAAUACAGCUCAACUGACCUAUUGUCACCCCCCUUAACACUACCCUCUACUGUUAUAUCAUCUGAUCUUUAUUUGGAUUAGCUGACACCAUGAUGACAACUAAUUUUACUGGGCUAAUCUGCCUGGGUUGGUGUCCAUAUAUAUUCUAUAGUGGUUGAUUAUUUGGAAUUAUCACUAGGCCGUACGUGAUAAAUUCUUAUCAAGUGCUAUCUAGUAUGCAUAUACCAGGGUUGGGGUCAAUUCCAAUUCAAUUCUUGAAUUUGCUCAUUAAGCAGAGAAUUUACGUUGAGUUCAAUUAGAAUUUCUAGAAUCUUCAAAUGAUGGAAUUGGAAUUUAAUCUGUUUAGACUGAUAGAAUUGGAAUUUAAUUUGUAAAAAAAAAAAAGAGUAUUUGGAAUUUUAUUGGAAAUCAAUAUUUGUACAUUUCCCAUUGAAUGGAAUUAUUGCACUUAGUAUAAAAAAAAUGGACUGAAGGAUUUGUAAUCAAUUCUUUCAACUUGUAUUUCCAGUAUAACUAGGCUGUCUGAACAGUGACAUGAUCAGCCUGAAAGCCCGGGGGAAUUGAAUUUGAAUUUGUGGAAUUUAAUUUCAGGAGUUUACCUAACAUUGGAGUUGAGAGGAAUUUUAUUAUCUCUGAAUUCAAAGACUGACCUGGAAUUUAAAUGGAAUUUACAGGGAAUUGAAUUAGAAUUGAAUUAGUGGAAUUAACCCCAGCCCUGGCAUAUAUACGAUUAUACAACAUUUCAGACACCCAUGACAGUUCCCCAUUCUGAUUAUUUUAUGUUAUGCAGGGAUGCUAUACUGUCUCCUUACUCACUGGGUGCAUCCCAAAUGGCACCCUAUUCCCGUUUUGCACUACUUUUGACCAAAGGCCUAUGGGGGCCCAUAGGGCUAUGGUCAAAAAUGGUGCACUAUAUAGAGAAUAGGCUACCAUUUGGGACACAUACUGUCUCUUUUGCUUGCAGGUCAGUCUGUGUCCAGUAGGGCAGCAUUCCUUCUGGUCUUGUCCUCCUGGGUGUCCAUGGCUGGAUCGCUCUACCUAGCCGGAGUGCUUGCCUUCAUUCUGGGAGAUUUCUGCGUGGUCUGCGUCUCAACUUAUGUGGUUAACUUUUUGCUACUCUUCACCAAUCUGAAGAGAAGGACAGGACUAAAGGCAGUCAAGGAAAAAACUGGCUGA